AUGCGCCGCUACGAGGAAUGCCAGGAACAGCAUGCUGAGAGAGAAGAUCAUGCUUCUCGAGCAGCAUCGCACUCAGGGCAGGGCCGCGUCAGCGGCGUGCCCGCCUUUGCCAUCGUGUUACUUUCGACGGCUGGUUGCGCCGUCAUGCUCGGAGUCACCGGCGUCGUGUACUCGUCGCAGCCGGUAUCCACACAGAACGAGUCUCAUGAGCGCCAUGUUGCUAUCCACAUGCAGGCCUCCAGGUACAGGUCCAAGUUGGCCGUUGACGGUGUGUGCGAGUCCAGUUUCUGCGAAUGGAACAAGGACUAUAUCCUGCGCGCCGCGGACCCCUCCAGGGACCCCUGCGACGACUUCUACGCUCACGCUUGCAAUGCGCAGCGCUGGUACCGAGUUGGAAGUCGUUCGACAAGACCAUUUGCCGAACUCGGCACAGCGCAGCUGAUGACGGACAUGGAGCGCUUUUUCCGUUACUUCGUCCAACUCAAGGGCAGCCCGAUGGAGGAUAAUUUCUUGUCACGCGUGAUGUGGGUCAAUGAAGCCUGCCAGAAGAGCACAGCUCCAAGGACGAACAUGAAGGCCGAGCUCGAGGUGGUGUUCAACAACUUGGGUAUUGUCGGUGGGCUUCCCGUCAGGCUCGUUGCUAGAGGAAAGCUGGCCGAGAUCGUGGCAGCCGGCGACAGACACUUACAGCUCCAGCCGCUGUUUAACGUCAGAGUGUUGCGCCGGCAAGAGCGCGGUGCAAAUGGCAACUUUGACAUAGUCCUGUCUGCUCCAGACACGUUGUACCGACGCUUCCUGACCAACUUCGUCGACUCCACCGAUUCGAUGUACACCGACUUUGUCGCCAAGACGCUGAAUCUUGCCACCCCGGCUGACACACGAUCUGCGGCGAGGAAAAUAAUGCAGCUCGAGAAGCGACAGGAAAGCUUUGCGCUGGCCUCUGCAGAUGAACUCGUGAUGCCUCCCGGAGAGAAAUACGCGUCGCUCCAUGACCUAGUUCUCUUCGACAACUGGAAUUGGCUCCUUUACUUUAACACACUCAUCGCCAAUGCCAAUAUCAAUAAUGACACGAAGGUCUUCGUGAGUGACCCCAUAUAUUUCCGAAACCAUGGCGCUAUCCUCGGAGGCGCCUGGGACGCGAUAGUUGCGAACUAUAUGGCGUACAAGGCGAUCGUGGAGCUCGCCCCCGUAUUGGGUCAGGAUGCCGAAUACCUGCUCCAGUUCUCUCACAGCUACGAGGUGCCAGACCUAGGCGAGCGGCAGACAGCCUGCCUGUCACUAGUAGAAAAACUCUUCAGGUAUGGCGUUGGUGUAGCCGCCAAGCUCACGCUAGGAAGGGAGUUCGCCACGACACCACGCAGUUACAUGGACGCACAGCUGAAGCAUCUGUUCAACGCGACCAGACACCUGAUCUCCGGACUGGUCGACUCCGGACGAUCCUGGCUGGACCCCUUGGACAAGGCCAUUGCAUUGCGGAAGUUGAGCAACAUGAGAUUCGAGUUUGGCGCCCAGUGUAACCUGGUUGAAUACGAGCUCUACCGGCGUAACCACGCUGCCCUCAACAGCUCAAAUUCGUUGCCAUUGUCGGACGAAGUUGGAAGUGACAAUCACACGAGCCAUUCUUGGGACCAACUGCCACUUCCACACGUUGUAUUCGUCUUCUUAUCGAUCGCUUCGACUACGUACUGGGAUGCCUGGGGCAGCGCCACAUCGCGCGCUUACGACAACCGCUACUCGCUGACUGCUUUUCGAACGGGCUACGAGCUCCAGCAUACGGGUAAUCUUCUGAUCAUUCCGCAAGCCACCGUAGCGUUUCUCAGUCAGAUGAGCAAUGUCGUCCACCCCGUUGCGUUCGGCGUGGUUGCAGUGGACCUAGUUCGCGGUCUCGUGGAAGCGCUCGCCAGGAGCGGUUCCUCAAUAGACGCAGACUCACAGCCUCGUUUUUGGUGGAGCAUCGCAACACUCGACUCGUACGAGAACAUCAGCAUUUGCCUCCAGUCCCAGUACCAGGCGCCUGUUGGUCAGGGUGCCAGACUGCGUUCUUUGGAGACUGACUUACUCGACAACGCGGUGGCUUACCCGCUCUUCCAACUAUACAAGGAGUCGGCGACUAACCUCGGGAACGCGAGCGUAACUUCUGCUCGCGGCACCGAGGAAGCUCAGCGUUCCCUCACGAUGGAUCAGAUGUUUUUCUACAACUUCGCGGCAGCACUGUGCGACUUCAGGGACGUGGACCUGUGGCAGCAGCAGCGCAAGUUCCACCUGACGCCCACUCCGUGGCGCGUAAACGUGCCGCUCAAGAACCUGCGCGCUUUUGCGGACGCGUUCGCUUGCAAGCCCGGGUCGCCCAUGAACCCCGUAAAGCGGUGCAGCGUGUGGAAGGAAGAACGCUCUGGUGGCGCGACGUAG